CUGUCAACCAAGUCUGAUAAUUUGUGAGGUCCACACCGGUCUGCUGAUAUCUAUUCCUUAGGUUUUUCAUUAGUUUUCGAUAGGUUUUCGAAAAUUUCAAAUAAUGAUUUUAUAACAAUAAAAAUGUAGCAUACCAGUGAGGUUUAUAAUUCUAUGAAUUAACAUUUUAAAUCUGAAAAUAGAAAUUGUAAGAUCUUAUACGGAAUGUAAGAACGUUUGUGUGUGUUUUCUUUUUUAUGCUGCCUAGUGGGAGAGAAAUAAAACAAUAAUUACAAAUACAUUACUACUAUUUCAACUAACUCAGUUAUGAUUUCUCAAGCAAUGGAGGAGAGGGUUGAGGGAGCGGAGAAGGCGCUUCGCGGCGCAGUGUCGGCGCGCUGGGCGAUGGCCGCGGUAGCGAGCACGGCGCUUUUGCUGCUGCUGGCGGCGGCGGCCGAGCGCCGGCUGCCCGCGCCGCGCCGGGCACCGCCCAACGCUGACGCCUUUGACGGUUACAGGGCGCACGCCCAUCUAGUGAAUCUUACCUCUAUCGGAGCCCGGGUGGCCGGCAGCUACGAGAACGAGGUGGUGGCGGUGCGGUGGGCGGUGCAGGCGCUGCGCCAGGUGGCCGCGCACGCCUCGCCACACAACUCCCUCGAGAUCGACGUGCACUCGGCCAGCGGCGCCUUCCCUCUCACCUUCCUCGACGGAAUGAACAACGUGUACCGCGACGUGCAGAGCGUGGUGGCGCGCGCACGCGGCCGCGGCGGGGAGACGUCGCGCGCGCGCCGCCCCUCCCGCACCGCCCUGCUCCUCAACUGCCACUACGACACUGUGCCCGGCAGCCCCGGCGCGAGCGACGACGGGGCGGGGUGCGCGGUGGCGCUGGAGGCGCUGCGGGCGCUGGUGGCGGCGCCGCGCCCGCUGCGCCACGACCUCGUGCUGCUGCUCAACGGCGCAGAGGAGAACAUCCUGCAGGCCUCGCACGCCUUCAUCACCACUCACAAGUGGGCGCGGGACGUGCGCGCCUUCGUCAACAUCGAGGCGUGCGGCGCGGGUGGGCGCGAGGUGCUGUUCCAGGCGGGCCCACACGACCCUUGGAUGCUGGAGGUGUACGCUGGCGCGGUGCCGCACCCGUUCGCUUCCUCGCUGGCGCAGGAGCUGUUCCAGAGCGGCCUCAUCCCCGCCGAUACCGACUUCCGCAUCUUCCGCGACUUCGGCGGCCUCUCGGGCAUGGACCUGGCGUGGAGCAGCAACGGCUACGUGUACCACACGCGGCUGGACACGGCGGCGCGCGUGCCCCUCGCCGCGCUCCAGCGCACCGGUGACAACGUGCUGGCGUUGCUGCAAGGGCUGCUGGCGCGGCCCGAGCUGGCGCGCGAGCCCGAGCGCGCGGCCGCGGCGCCGGUGUUCUUCGACGUGCUGGGUGUGGCCGCGGUGGCGGUGCGCGCGCCCGCCGCGCUGCUGGCCGCCGUCGGCGCGCUGGCGCUGCUGCUGCUGCGAUUGCACCUCACCGCCGUGCACGCCCGCGCCCAGCGUACGUCUCGACCGCUGCACGCCCACCCUCCGCCUAAAUGCCGUGUUGCCAACGUAGUAUCGGAGCCACGAUUCGACCUUACAGUAUACAUGAAGCGAGGCGAGUGGGCGCGCGUGGUGUGCGGCGCAGGAGCGGCAGUGGGCGCGGGACUGGCUGGCGGACUCGGCGCCAGUGCGGCGAUGGGCGCGCUGCUGCACGAGCUCGGGGCCCGCCUCGCCUUCUACUCUCGCCCGUGGUUGCUGGUCCCUUUGUACGCGCUACCAGCGGUGUGCGGCUGCUGGGGCUCGGCGCGCUGGACGUGGGCGCGGGCUGUGGGCGCGCGCGGGGCGGCGGUGCGCGGCUGGUGGCGCGCGCGCGCUUGCGGAGAGGCGGUGUGCGCGUGGGGCGGGCUGGCGCUGGCGGCGUGCGCGGUGGCGUGCGGCGCGGCGGCGGACGUGUGCGCGAGCGCGCUGCGCGUGGGGGGAGGGCGGCGCGCGCUGCUGUGGGCGGCGGGCGCGGCGCUGCCGGCGGCGCACACCGCUUACUUGGCGCUGGCCUCGCUCAACAUGUUCGUGCCGAUAAUGGGGCGCGCCGGCACUCCUCCGAUCCCCACUGACGUGCUGAUGGCGCUACUGGUGGCGCUGCUGACGCUGAGCACGCUGAGCUGGGCGCUGCCGCUGGCGGUCGCGGCGCCGGAUCUUAACAAGCUGGUGCCUAUUGCGCAUUCCUUAUGCGGGAAAGAAACAAGCGACAGAAGUAGUGUAGCGUUGGAGAGGGAAAGUGAUAGGCGGAGCGGCAGAAUUCAAAUCAAUGACUGCGCGGUAUCGCUGCUUUUCCCGCGCUGGCACUGUCCAAACGCGUGGGGCGCGGCAUGCGUGGCGGCGGCGGGCGCGGCGCUGGCGGUGAGCGGCGGCGCGCGCGCAGCUUACAGCGCCGAGCGGCCGCAGCGCGUGCUGCUGUUCCACACGCGGCGCACGGACCACGCGCGCGCACCUCCCUCCGUGGAGCACUUCUUCUGGAUACCGGAGAUAGACGCCAAUACGCCUCAUUCGCUGGUGGGAUACGUGGAGGGCGUGGAGAGCGCGCGGGCGAGCGGCGCGACGGACGAGGCGGAGUGCGCGCGCUGGGUGUACUGCGGCGCGCCCUACUACCUGCCGGUGCGGCGGCUGAUCGCGCGCGGACACUCGCUGCCGGCACGCGAGCCCCCGCGCACGCGCCUGCAGGCCGCCGCGCGCCGCCAGCGCCUCAACGCCACUAUCUCGGCGCUGCACCUCGAUAUACGAGGGCCGCAGCACGUGGUGGUGGUGGUGGCGCCGGCGGCGGGCGCGCGGCUGGCCUGGACCUCUGCGCUGUCGGGGCCGCUAGAGGGCCCGCGCUGGGGACUCCGCCGCACCUACUUCCUGAGUGUGCACCACGCGCGUGCUCCCGCGCACAUGCACCUCGAGCUGCACAUACAGCACGAAGGUGUGGGGGAGGAGGGGGAGGAGGAGAAGGAGGUGGCGCAGCUGUCGGUGGCUGGGCACAGCCUGUUCGGCGAGGACGCGCUGUCGGAGGAACAUCAGCGGCUGCUGGCGCGCCUGCCGCCAUGGACCGCGCCCUUCGGCUGGGGCGUGGACCUGCACCUGUUCGCCCUCUAGCGCACAAUAGUAGCGACAAUUGAUGCUCUGUUUAUAUUUUAGGUUAAGUUGCGUUCGUCACUCGGCGGUGUCCCGAGCGACGCGCGCCUCGCCUCACUUUACUACGGGUUUAGAGUUGCCGCAGCCUCUCGCCGGUCCUCGUAUCCAUGGAUAUAAAAAAUCUCAAAAACAGAAAUAUUUCUAAUGUAAACAACUGUUAUUGAGCUACUAAUUUAUUCGUCCCUGCGGACAAAAGUGACUAGCUGAAUUGUAAUGUCUUUCUUAAUGUGUUAUUUUGUACUGGUGAGACAAAGUGCAAUAUCAUAGCUUGUAUUUACUAUGCAAUAUUUGAAGCUAAAAUGGCACAUUUAUAAUGUUGUUGCAAGUAUUUGGUUACGGAUGACCUAAAAUGUGGAG